UCCUUUACGCGAAUAACAGAUCAUUAAGAAAGACAAGAUUUAAGAUGAAAGAUAUUCUGUACCGCUCUCUUGUGAUAUAACAAUAUCCUCCUAAAAUAAAUGAAGAAAGAAGAAGAAGAAGAAGAAGGAGAGAGAGAGAAAAAAAAGAUAAUAUAUAGAAAAAAGCGAAUAAUCAAGCGUAUUAUAAAUGUGAAAAGGGCGAUGUUUCCAGCGUCAACACGAUCAUUGCUUUGCGGCUCAACAUCACGCGCCCAGAGAGAGAGGUUUGGUCGCGCUCGUCGUCAUGAUCGCACGCGCCGCCCUCGCUGCUGCCCUUCUCGGCGUCGCCCUGGCCGCUGUCGCCGCGCCGCCCGUGACCAUCUCAGCGUACUUGGAGAGCCUCUGCCCCGACAGCGCCCGGUUCGUGACAGAGCAGCUUUACCCAGCGUGGCUUCACCUGCGGGAGAUCCUCGCACUCGAUAUCAAUUUCUAUGGGAAAGCUCAGACCGCGCCGAGACCCGGAGGCUACGUGUUCGCCUGUCAGCACGGGCCCGGGGAGUGCGAGGGCAACAUGAUGCUAACAUGCGCCAAGAAACACAUCCCCGGCGAGGACAGGUACAUGGCGUUCGUGAACUGCGUCAUGAGGGAGCUGGCAGGAGUCAGGGCGGGGUAUAUGUGCGCCCAGGAGGUAGGCGUGAGCUACCAGGACAUAGCCAACUGCCUGAACAGCCUCGAAGGAGAAAGCCUCCUGCAUCAGGUGGGCGAGAAGCAGAGGAGGCUCAACGUCUCCAUCUCCUACGUGCCCCUGAUUUUCGUUAAUAAAGAUUUACUAAACGAAGUCGAGACCAAUCUUGGGAACCAGGUGUGCGAGGCCUACCGUGGGCUCAAGCCAGCCAACUGCUCCUUGUAUGGCUUUUCUCUACAGACAAUAUGCAAAUGAUGCAAGGUGUAUGGUGUCUGUGGGCCGCAUGGUAUCCGCGGUUUGAUUGGAUAAUGUUGAAUAUCAACAAGAAUAUAAAAUUUGUACCGAG